AUGGCGCCACCUCCAGUCAACCUCACACGCGGGUCGCUUGGGUGUAGCGGCAGCCGCUCAGGUCAGGGGCAGGCAGCGGUGGAGUCGGCAGCUAGCGGGGUGCAGCGCUCGCCGGUGGUCGUGAUGAGUCUACCCCUCAACCCCAAGCCUUUCCUCAAUGGACUGACAGGGAAGCCAGUGAUGGUGAAACUGAAGUGGGGCAUGGAGUACAAGGGCUACCUGGUCUCCGUGGAUGGCUACAUGAACAUGCAGCUUGCAAAUACAGAAGAAUACAUAGAUGGGGUGCUGUCUGGACAUCUGGGUGAAGUUCUAAUAAGGUGUAAUAAUGUCCUCUACAUCAGAGGCGUUGAAGAAGAGGAGGAAGAUGGGGAAAUGAGAGAAUAG